AUGAUAGCUAACGACGUCCCGGAGCUCCUUUACCACACCGUCCUCACCGUAAUCGACUCCUACCAAGAACCUUCGGGUCCUACGAGCUCCGUCUAUGUCCUCGGUACGCACAGCACCCUCGAAGCCGCCAAAGCCUUCGCUACCUCAGCCCUUCAAGGACUCAACUAUGAGCCAGAAGAAUUUACCGAGUACGCUGUGCGCUCAUCCAAGCCGUGGGAACAUGGGGAUGGCGUCCUUGUCUUCGCCCAGGCGCCUGCGGGGCAGCCCGGACGGCACCAUAGUCCUCCCUCAAGGGUGCGACACGCUGCACUACGUGCUGCAGCCGACAAUCGACUACAAUCUGGACCGCACGGGCUCCGUGCCGUCGGCAAGGGUUCAGGGGACGUGCGUCCAUCGUGCCCAUGCAUGGGCGGCCCGGAGCAGUUCAUUGAGUGCAACGUGCGUGAGAGUGAGGAGAUCGCCAACGAGUGGCCGUUUGGCGAGGGCAUGGUCGCGCAUGCCGUUGCGGAGACGCGACUGAAUUACGUAGUGACAGUAAGGACUAUUCCGGAGCAAACAAAAGGCAUGGGAAAAAGGUGA